AUGGGUAUGGGUAUUAAUAUUAAAGAUUUAGAAGAAGUAGAAGUUUAUCAUGAUGAUACUGGCAAUGAAUUGUCAAGAAAAUUACAAAAUAUUUUAAAAAGUAAUAUAUUAACACCUUUACAAAAACCUGUAAGCUCUGAUCAAAUAGUUAAAAGAAUGUUAGAAAGAAUCAUUAAACCACUUGAUCAUUAUUGGCAAAAACCUAAUCAAAUUGCACUCAUUUCAACAAUUUUGGAUCCCAGGUAUAAAGAUUUAAGUUUUUGUCAAAUAAUCAGCUAA